GUAAUAUCAAACGUCAUAACAACUACACUAUACCAGUCUCUUGAAAUAUAUAUUUAUCUAUUGUUUUCGAUGGAUGGAUUAAUAAAUGUUAGCUUUGGCUCAUCAGAAUUAUAAAAGCUUUGAAACUUGUAGUAAACACACGCAUCUAUUUCGUUUUCAAAAAGUUUACUCUUGUUAAUGUCAAGUCUAUUCGCUGAUAGUGAAUCUAUUACUUAAUUUAAAUUAUAAAAGUGUGUGAUAAAAAAUCUCACGAGCCAGUUUAAUAAGAAAACAAUAAUUCGCUAAUAAAAGUGUGACAUUAAUUAAUAAAAUAUGAAAAUUGUAAAACUUGAGAGCAACGAUGGUGUACUGUUUGAAGUUGAAGAGAGAGUGGCAAAGUUUUCAACCACGAUAAAAAUAAUUCUUGAGGAUCUUAAACAAGUAGAUGAAAAUGACGAUGUGAUUCCACUGCCACUUGUUAAUUCGGCGAUUCUGAAAAAAAUAAUCGAGUGGGCCGAAUAUCACAAAGAUGAUCCACCACCAAUUGAGCAAGUUCGUAGUAUUGAGGAAAGUACUGACGAGACCUGCGAAUGGGACAAAAAAUUCGUUGACAUUGAUCAGCCCACACUCUUCGAUAUCAUUCGAGCCGCCAACUACCUCCACAUUGAGGCUCUUCUGAAAUUAACUUGCAAAACAGUCGCGAAUAUGAUUAGAAGAAAAUCACCAACUCAAAUACGAAAAAAUUUUAAUCUUCCAACUCGAAACCCUGCUCCUGCUGAUGAUGACACCAGCACUAAUAACCCAGAACCUGGGUGCUCCAAAAACAAUUAA